AAACGCUGAAUUGUGAUUCGUAAAGAAGGGAGUGAUUUCUCAUUUUCUCUUUUAAUUAAAAUUAAUGAUAAAUUACUUAGUAUGUACAAUUAGAAAUCGGAACUAUAAACAAUGGCGACGUCCAGCAACGAAGAGAUAUUAGAAGGGUUUUUGUGUCCAAUAUGUAAAGCGGACUUGAAAUCCGCCUCGCAAUUAACGAGCCACUUUGAGAGCUUGCACUCGGAGGAACAGGAUGUUUUGAAGUCCCUGAAAGAUAUAUUCGGCAAAGCAAAGAAGAUAAUACUCAAUAAUGACGAUACCGACUUGAAGGAGACCUUCGACAGGGCGUUGAAAUUGAAUUAUCAAGAACAUCAAUAUUAUUAUCAGGAAGAGCAAGUGAUAGGUGUGAUUCGUAGUUCUACAGAUUAUUUUAAGGCUGUAAGAUCUGCUAGGUUGGAGAGAUAUGCUACUGAGACUAAUAAGCUGCUAAUAAGGUUAGAUAAGUUAGUGUGCAAUAUGCCAGCAGAUCCUAAUCAGAAGAAACAACAUGAACAAGAUGUUGUACCUUGGCUAGAUGGAUCAUCAGUAAAGUUGUGUCCAAGCUGUGCAAAAUCCUUCAGCCUCACUCGGAGAAAACACCACUGCAGAUUAUGUGGCUCCAUACUAUGCCAUGACUGCUCCGUUUUCCUUGAUUUGAAAGUAGCUAGAUCAAUUGUAGACCCAUCAGCGCAACAAAAGCCUGAGCCUGAAGACACAAACAGUGAGAAAAAUCAACUCCGCCUGUGUGAGCACUGUUACAACCUGAUUGAACUACGGAAACAGGUGCAGGACAGUCGGAACGCUAAGACGGUGUUGAUGACUGCUUACGAACAAAUGCAGAGUCUAAUGGAGCAGGCCAGGCCAGCUGUUGCCAUGUAUGAGAAGAUGUGUCAAAGUCUCUUCGAAGGCGAGACGACUUACAAUCUCAGCGACGUUAACGCGAUGCGUGGCCGCGUCGGCAAGUUGGCUGAGGGCAUUGACCUACUGAGCAAGCAGAUAGCCAGCCUCGCUGCCCAGCCCGGCAGGGAAGAGAAACUGCACCGUUCUAUCAGAUUGGCGGCUGAGAACUUUAUCAAGGACGAACUAAUAUCUCUCCGCAAACUCCCAACUGAAGCUCAAAUCGAAGAGGUCCGCCGGCAAAGAUACGAACGCGCCGAAAGGCAAAUAGAGUUGGAACGGCGGAGAAUGGAGCUGGAGCGGGUCACGGAGCCCGCGGGGCCGAGUCGGCCGGACUUGAACCCGGACCACGACGAUGAUAGUCCGCUGUUGGAGCAGAUGAAUAUUAUAAGAGGGUACAUUAAGGAGGCCAGGAAGGAGCUUAGGUUCGAAGAGGUGGCGAUACUGGAGGCUAAUCUAAAGGAACUCAAAAAAGAAUAUCAACUACAAAAACUCUCAAGUCAGUUCUAGUCAUUCCGUCGAAAUAUCUAUGUAUGUUACCUAUUGUAAUAUUUUUUUAAUAUUGUAUUUAAUUCUACGCUGCUUGUUCUAAUUUAUACUAAGUUUAAGUAAAGCACCUUGUUAUUAUUUAUACCUUAUAUCAGUUAAAAGAAAUAAAGACAUUUUAAAUAAUUAA